AUGCUCGUAUUCUCACCUUAUGCUAGUGCUAGCUUGCUGAAAUCGUUGCGUACAAACAGUAAAUCUCACGUGCAAAAACGAGCUUUUUGGAAUGAAAUCGGUCCGGAAAAUUGCUACUUGCUUACAUGUAUGGAGCAAGAAAAUAACACACCUGAUUACACACUCAACUUUCCACGUGCUUAA